UCAUUCUUCUGCUGUUGAAUUGAUUUCUGUUGAAUUGUUUUGGCAAUUUUUUGCUAUUUUUAUCCUCAAGAUAAAUACAUUUUUGCAAAUCAUUUGGUCAUUUGAACGGCCGUUCAACGUAUCAUGGAGUUAAGUCUGGAGCAUGAAGAUCUAUUGAUAAAAUUACGAGCUAAACUUAACGAAGAGAAGAUUAAGUUAUGGGAGGCGCCUUUCAUCGCUGACGGUGGAGAAAUUUCGCAAAGUCUGAAGGAGUUAGCAACAAAGUAUGCUACUUCACUGAGCUUGAAUGAAGAUGUAGUUAUCCAAGGUCUUUUUGAACUACAAUUACAUUCAAUAGAGAAGUUGAAAGCCAAUGAGGAGUUCAAACAGACGGGCUGUGCCACUCUGCAAGUGAGGGCCAUAUUGCCUGGAGAAAAGGCUCGUAUUAUGAAGAUUAUGAAACUGUUGAAUGUUCGCGGAGAAGAGCUGAUUGGAUCACUCGCUGAAAUGCUGAGUGUUGCCAGAAAUAGGGUAAAACUUAUUUAUAAUGGAAAAUUGAUUAAGCCAGGUCCAACCCUAGAGGAGCAGGGCAUCAAGAAUGGAGCUCAACUUAUGGCUCUAGUUAUGGCUGAAACCCCUGAGCAAGUUGCAAAAGAAGAUAAGAUAUACAAGGAGAUGAAGACAACGCUAGAUGAUGCCACUCUGCUCUCGGAGUAUGUUGAUGAUAUUGGUGAUGAUGAUGAAUACAUGAAGCUAGAGGACCAGUCGGGUAAGACCGUGAACCUCCCCCCUGCGGAGCGGAAGGCCCUCAUGGUGGGGUUGGCCCUGCACGAGCGUGGCAGAGCUGCCGCUAAGAAGAAGGAUUACGCGCUGGCCCUUGUGCUGCUUCUGGAGGCUGAUAGACAGUUGAAUGAAUGCAGGUCAUCCAUCCUGAGCUCUGUGGACAAUGUAGCGGUGCUACAGCUGGACAUAGCCUGGUGCUACCUGUGUCUCCGCAACCUGAGCUCGGCCAACGACGCGGCCGCCCGCCUGGCGCGCGCUGAGGCCUCCUUCACGGCCACCUACGGGGAAGACCACCAGAGGCUGAUUGCUCUUAAGGGCACCAACGCGAACGAGCGCGCGCUGUUCAUGCGGCUGUACCUGCUGCAAGGCAUCGUGGCGUACCACCGCAACAAGCGAGCGGAGGCCAGGGCUCUGUUCGAGCGCGCCGAGGGCGAGCUGCGACAUCUUAAGGUAGAUGAAAACUCGGUGCUGGCCCUCAUGGAGCUGGGCUGGUCGCGCGGCCAGGCCAUGACUGGCCUGCGGGCUACGGGGGGAGACCUGGACCGCGCGCACCACUAUCUAGAAGACAGGAAGAAGGAGAGGGAGGAAGCCAGGGAAAAGCAUAGACUAGAAAGAGAGCGCAGUAAACUCGGGAUAUGCGAAGACGGUUCCGCCGUGAAGCCGCAGCUGGUGGAGGCUCUGCAGGGGAUGGGCUUCGCACGCCGCCUCGCCAUCAUUGCACUGCGGAACUCCAACAACAGCGUGGCUGAUGCUGUGAGGCUGAUCCAGGAGCAGCCUGAGCUGUUGGAAGACAGCGACUCCGAUGACGCGAUGACUCCCAGCUCUGAAGACUUUCCUGUUGAACCGGACAAUAAGCUGGUCGAUGAGCUGGUAGCGAUGGGCUACCCGGCGCAGGAGGCUCGCAGCGCGCUCCGCCUCGCGCGCAACCACAUCAACCGCGCCGUCGACCUGCUGCUGGGGGUCGUAUCACACGACCCGUCCAAUCCGUCCACGAGCGCCGCUGGGUCAUCGCAACACAAAAAGAAACUACAAAAAAAAUUAUUGAAAGCUAAAAGGAAAAUCCAGCGGGAGCGAGCCCUCCGUCGCCUCAAGAGCGCCAUUCGCGGCGAGGAGGACGACUACCUGAGCGCGUCCCUCGCUGAGGAGGAACAGUUCCUCGCGCAGUACAAGUCGCUGCUGUAAACUGUUGACUGAUCUCCUUAAUCCGGCCCUGUCGCUAAUUCUGUUCUUAGCGGACGUGUACUGACUAAAAACCAGCCAAAUUUUCAACUUUGUAAAUGUUGUCAUUUUCUUACUUUAUGUAAAAUGUCAAAGAUUUUCAAUAACAACCUAUAAUUUAUGAUCAACAUUAUACAGGGUGCUCGGGAGUAUUUCCCAUAACUCUAGGGAAAAUUAAUUAAAAAUGUCUGAAUAUUUUUAGUGUACAAAAAUAUUUUUUUUGUAAAUAAAUCUUAAAUUGUGUCCUUUAUACAUCAUCAUCAUCAUCAUCAUCAUCAUCAUUAUCAACUCAUAUUCGGCUCACUGCUGAGCUCGAGUCUCGUCUCCGAAUGAGAGGGGUUAGGCCAAUAGUCCACCACGCUGGCCCGAUGCGGAUUGGCAGACUUCACACACGCAGAGAAUUAAGAAAAUUCUCUGGUAUGCAGGUUUCCUAACGAUGUUUUUCCUUCACCGUUUAAGACACGUGAUAUUUAAUUUCUUAAAAUGCACACAACUGAAAAGUUGGUGGUGCAUGUCCCGGACCGGAUUCGAACCCACGCCCUCCGGAAUCGGAGGCAGAGGUCAUAUCCACUGGGGUAUCAUGGCUCUCUAUUACCUAGUUAUGUAGUUCGGCUCAAUUAAUUGAACUCAUCAACACCUUGAAGUUAUGGGAAAUAUUCCCGAGCACCCUGUAUAAAUAAAUAUAUUUGGUCAAUACAUCAUUUUCUAUCCCCAAAGUAAGUAUAGUCUGUGGUAUGUACUAAUAUUAUAUUAAAAUAUUUAUAAUAAUUAAUACUUAUAUAAUAUAAGGAAAACGUACUUUGAUGUUAGAUGUUCCUUGAAAAUUUAUAUUUAUCUUUAUAUUUUUAAAUAUGUAAAAUACUUCUGUCCAUUUCAAAAGAGAGCUUUUAAUAGACUUUGUGGAAAGUAGUUCUUACUAAUCUGUCGAUUAAAUGUUAUAUAAUCUCGACGUUUUAUGUCAAUAGUAUUAAGCCAUGACUUUAUAGCUUGGCAACUUCGUUCGUAACACUCCCGAUGCGCGAGCCGGGAGGCGUGUAGCGAUGAAUAAAAACCCCACGACUGAUUCACCUUAUUCCCCGCACGCACGAUUUCACACUCGCGCAGUCUUUCCCCCCGUCGCCCGCGUAUCAUGGGAUUGUCAUCAACGAACUUGCCAGACUAUAGACGUGUAGCUAGCCGCGGCCGAAGUAUCUUAUCGCACUGUCCACCUGAUGUUAAGUGGUAAUCUAUUGCUUAUAACAAAGUUAAAGUUCGCAAGACUUCUUCAGACUAGAUAUACAACAAUACUGCGAGGCGAUUGAAGCGAGAAUUGUGGUAGAGCUUCCCUAGACGAGCACUAUCUCGAGCAUCAAGUAUUACUAUAACCAUAGAUAUAGAAUAGAAUUCUCAGCGAGACUUAUUGUAGAGAUAGGGAGUAAGCUGGUAACGUUACGAAAAGUGUAAUCAACUGAGGCUUUUAAGAUGCGUGCUGCCAUCUACAGGCAUAGUGAAACAGUUUUUGUUUUUUUAAACUACCAAUAGAUGGCGUUCUUAGAGAACUUUGAAACAAACCCUUUUUGUGCACUUCACUGUUGGGAUGUAGUUAUGCCUGAGGCAUAUUUUUGAAAAAAGAAAUUACUUCUUUCGUGGUCCAAAGCACUUUUCUAUAAUCUAUGUAUAAGACGAUGUUUAAUUUUUAAAUACUUCGACCGCAGGAGCUACAUUUUCUUUUGAAAUAUUUAUGUGAAUGUAAAAUAUAUUUACUAAUAUAUUGAAUAUAGAUAUAAGUAGGUGUAACUGUCAAUAAAUGAAUGUUUACAA